GGAGGGGUGGGGAGCCAAAAAAUACCCCAGAGGGUAAUAAUAAUAAAAUAAAGAAGCCGAGCGGACCGUCUCCCUCUUAAGCUGUGAUGGAUUUCAGUAGCAGCUGCGGUGGUGGAGGAAGCGACCAUAGACAGAUCGAGGAGAGCAAGCCUUUGCUGGGCGAAAUGUCUGCAACGGAAGGGAAUAAAAUGGGGGCCGCGCUGUGCAGGCGAGGCGUUCACUGCAGUGGGAUGAGAUAUAAGCUGCUUCAAGAAGGAGAUAUCCAGGUCUGUGUCAUCAGGCACCCCCGGACAUUCCUCAGCAAGAUCCUCACCUCCAAAUUUUUGAGGAGGUGGGAACCUCAUCACUUGACCCUGGCGGAUAACAGCCUCACGUCAGCAACACCAACCGGGUACAUGGAAAACUCAAUUUCCUACAGCUCAAUUGAAGAUGUACAGCUGCUCUCUUGGGAGAAUGCCCCUAAGUAUUGUUUACAGCUCACGAUCCCUGGAGGCACAGUCUUGUUGCAGGCUGCAAACAGUUACCUGAGGGAUCAGUGGUUUCAUUCAUUGCAAUGGAAGAAAAAGAUCUAUAAGUAUAAGAAGGUUCUGAGUAACCCAAGUCGCUUGGAGGUGGUUCUGAAGGAGAUCCGGACCUUGGUGGACAUGGCGCUAACGUCACCUUUGCAGGAUGAAUCGAUUCAUCAGGCUCCACUGGAGAUUGUUUCCAAGUUGCUCUCAGAGAAUAAUAACUUAACCACUCAAGAGCAUGAAAACAUUAUUGUGGCACUUGCACCUUUGCUGGAAAACAACCACCCACCUCCUGACUUGUGUGAAUUUUUCUGCAAGCAUUGCAGAGAACGCCCUCGAUCCAUGGUGGUCAUAGAAGUGUUCACUCCGGUUGUACAAAGAAUCCUCAAACACAAUAUGGAUUUUGGGAAGUGCCCUAGGUUGAGGCUUUUUACUCAGGAGUACAUUCUGGCCUUGAACGAACUGAACGCUGGCAUGGAAGUAGUGAAGAAGUUUAUUCACAGCAUGCAUGGCCCUAGACAGUGCCCCCACCCCAGGGUCCUGCCAAAUCUUGUGGCCGUCUGUUUAGCUGCCAUUUAUUCAUGCUACGAAGAAUUCAUCAACAGCCGGGACAAUUCUCCAAGCCUGAAGGAAAUUCGUAAUGGCUGCCAGCAGCCCUGUGACCGUAAGCCCAAUUUGCCUCUCCGGCUGCUCCACACAAGUCCUGACUUGGUGUCCCAAGAGGCCACACUGAGAUCCCGCCUCAAGUCGGUCAUCGUCACGUCGAACGAAAUCCACGUGGAAGUCGAGCGCAACAACACAGCCAACCAGAAGAUGACGGCCAACGUCGGCAACGACAGUGAGCCCAACCUGAUAGACUGCUUGAUGGUCAGCCCCACCUGUAGCACCAUGAGCAUUGAGCUCAGCGCCCAGGCGGAUCGCAUCCUCGGUUGCUACGUGGAAAUACUCAAGAUGCUAUCAGACUAUGACGAUUGGAGACCAGCUCUUGCCAGUUUGCUUCAACCCAUCCCAUUCCCUAAAGAGGCUCUUGCGCAUGAGAAGUUCACAAAGGAGCUGAAGUACGUCAUUCAAAGAUUCGCGGAAGAUCCAAGACAAGAAGUCCACUCGUGUCUGCUGAGUGUGCGGGCUGGCAAAGACGGCUGGUUCCAGCUCUACAGCCCUGGUGGUGUAGCCUGCGAUGAUGAUGGAGAGUUGUUUGCCAGCAUGGUUCACAUAUUAAUGGGCUCCUGCUAUAAGACAAAAAAGUUCCUGCUUUCACUGGCUGAGAACAAACUUGGGCCCUGCAUGCUGCUAGCUUUGAGAGGCAACCAGACCAUGGUGGAGAUUCUUUGCCUGAUGCUUGAAUACAACAUCAUUGACAACAAAGACACCCAGCUUCAGAUCAUCUCAACCCUCGAGAGCACUGACGUGGGGAAAAAAAUGUAUGAGCAGCUCUGUGACAGGCAGAGGGAGUUGAAAGAACUGCAAAGGAAAGGCGGUCCUACCAGGUUAACACUGCCAUCAAAAUCCACAGACGCAGACCUGGCCCGGUUGUUAAGCUCAGGUUCCUUCGGCAACCUGGAGAACCUCAGCCUGGCCUUCACUAACGUCACGAGUGCCUGUGCAGAGCAUCUCAUCAAGCUGCCUUCGCUUAAGCAGUUGAACCUGUGGUCAACUCAGUUUGGAGAUGCAGGUUUGCGGCUUCUCUCUGAACACCUCACGAUGCUGCAAGUGCUCAACUUAUGUGAGACGCCUGUCACCGACGCUGGGCUGCUGGCGCUGAGCUCCAUGAAAAGCCUGUGUAGCUUAAAUAUGAAUAGCACGAAACUUACGGCAGACACCUAUGAGGAUCUCAAGGCUAAAUUGCCCAACCUGAAGGAAGUGGAUGUCCGCUACAGAGGCAUGGUGAAAUCUCGUGGGCUGCAUUCGUAGCAUUUGACAAGGAGAGAGGGAGGGAGGGAAAAGAGAAUUUUUGCAACAAAAUAAAAGCAGAGAAAUAAACUUUUGGCUUCUACCUAUAGAGAGCAGCAAGUUCUGAGGACUUUGACUUUAGGAGUUGUGUUUGUGAGGUAGCAGAGUGUGGCUUUGCGUGUGGGAGGGUGAACUGAGCAUGCCCCAGGUCCUGCCAGAUUCUUUGAGCUUCAUCCUUUGAAAUUCAACAUCAUCUAAAUGAAUGGGUUGGGGGUGGGGGAAGAAAG